AUGACGUGGAGAACAGGGCCUGUCAAAAAGAGGUCGCAUCAGUACCUCUUGGGACGAGGUUGGGCGCGCGGGGUGGCCUUGUCGUUCGCAGUCCAUUUCCAGAGAAAGGGCGUCCAGUAUGGUGGAAGAAAGGAGGGGUGGGAUUUCAAUACCGGGUGGGCGAAUUGUGAGCCCUUGCUCUACGAUAUUGUCUACUGGAUGGACGAUUCCACGUUGAGUGAAGACGAAGACUUUGCAAAGACUCUGGUGGAGACUGGCGGAAAGGGGAAGAUAAUAAGUAUUAGGCCCCCACCCCUCAAGGGGGUUUCCAUUGUCCGGUCUUGGAGGGACAUCAAACAUUCAUGUCCUGUUAUCCAAUCUAUCUUUGAUCGCCAAGCCUUCUCUGAAGCACAGGCAGGGAACAUAGUCCCUCACUACUAUGAGGGUUGGUUUUGGAUCCGGUUCUUCCAAGAGGGACUUGAAUGGUUUCAUCCUAUCGAGAACCAUUCCUACACGAUGGCUGAGGUCCUUCAGUCAGUCCUGCCUGAGGGUACUGCACAUGCGUACCAAUUGACAGAUUUGCAUCCUGACGUGUGCAAGAUCGCAAAGGUCGCUUGCAGUGACCUCACACUUUUUGGCUUACCAGAAGGCAGCAACUGGAGCCUCAAGGAAGAAUUGACCACCUUCCAUGCUAGGAAACGGUAUAUCUUGGCAGCAGCAGAAGAGCUAGCAAGAUUGUCCUCUCAGCCUAGUCAAAACGUUGGACUUGAGGCAAGCGCUUUCGUAACUGAGGAGUUCGAAGCACUCUUUGAGAUGGAACUCCUGCACGAGGGGGUGUACAUCAAGUAUCGGUGUGGUAAUUGCAGCAGGCUAUUUUGA